AUGUGGUAACCCUUUGUUAGGAUAUAGGAUGAUAUAAUAGAUGGAUUUAGGAGUUAAGGGUGUGGAGGUGUCGGCUGUAAAGGGGGAAGCGGUCAGAGUGGAUAUAAAUAGAGUUCUUUUACUGUGUAGGGGGAUAUCUGAGUAUUUUGUGAUAGAGUCAAACAUAUUGUUUGGAGAGAGGGGUUAUGCCCUCAUCUAGGGAGGUUAUGCUCCCAUUGUAAAAUAGUUUUCUUUCACGGUGAAUAAUGCAGAAACUCAUUCUUUCCCCAAUAUUUCUAUCUUUUUAAAUGAGUUCUUGUUAGGUUCCAAACCCAGGAGCCUAACAAUUGGUCCGACCUGUCGGAUCGAAAGAGGGGUGACGGAAAUGGCGAGCAACACCGAGGGAAGGUUGGAGAAUCUUGAAAUUAUGGUAGAAGGGAUUAAGGCUGAAACCAUUGCGAUACGACGGGACGUGCAACAGAUAAUGAGGGCACUCGGGACGCAGACGAACCACCACGACGAGCAAUCCGACGACAGCUCCGUUAAUGAGAAUCAGCGGUGGGGAGAGGAGGAAGACGGAGGAAGAGGGGUCGGAAAUCAACCAGAGGGGCAGAACCAGUGGCGGAAACCGGUGACGCUAUCCAUCUUCGAGGGGAUCGAUCCCCUGAACUGGAUCUAUGAUGUAGAGAUAUUUUUCGAACUUUGAGGAGCAGCGGAGGAGGAGAAAGUGCGACUCACGUGCAUGAGCAUGGAGUGCAGUGCGGGUUUCUGGGUCAGAGCCUGGAAGGAGAAAGCCAAGAACCGUUCUUGGGCUGGUCUGAAAGCUGGGUUGAUUAAUUGUUUCGGAGGAAAAUUCCGAGGAACUGCGUAUGAGCAGCUGGCGACGCUGUGUCAAGAUGGAAUGGUGGAGGAAUUUGCUAAGAGUUUUGAAAUAUUACUGGGUCAGACCCAGGGGCUAUCGGAGGAGUUGGUAUUGGGAUUCUUCCUAGCGGGAUUACGAGAAGAGAUUAAAGGCCAAGUACGAAUCCAAGAUCCUCAAGAUUUGAUGAUUGCGAUGAGGAUUGCGAAGGAUGUCGAAGACGCAAUCAACCGAGCACGGGGAGGGGUUUGGAACAGGGUUAAAGUGAAUCCCGUGGGUACGCGACCCACUUCGACGAUCAUUAGAGGCGACAGUGAUUGACACUUCGCGACUCGUACCAGUGGUGCAGAGGAAGUAGGAACGAUCAUAAGAGAAGGCUCGACGGUGGCAAGCAACACUAAUCCGAGAGGUAAUACCAUGGAGGGAGGCGAUAGCAGGGGAAGAAUGGUAAGAAACUUACCUUACCCAGAAUUUCUGAAAAGACGGGAAGAAUGUCGCUGUUUUAGGUGUAGGGGUCCUUUUGCACCAGGUCACCAAUGUUCGGAGAAGAGCUUGCGGGGGCUACUCUUGGCGGAAGAGGAAGAGGACGAAGUGACAGAAGGUGAAAACCCGGAUACAAACCCAUAUAUGGUGAGCCUCGGGGAUGGUCACAAGAGGACAUCUCGUGGACCUUGCGAGAAAAUACAAAUAAAUUUGGGGGAAGCCACGGUGGAAGAGGAGUUGAAACUUCCCAUAAUCGACACGCCACGGUAUCCGGUGAGUCAAGGUGAUGGGCAUCGGAGGAAGACCCAAGGGCGUUGCGUGAAGGUUAGAAUCAGUUUUGAAGAAGCUACCUUGGAGGAAGAAUUUUAUGCGUUCGAUUUGGGCGAGGUCGACGCCAUAUUAAGUGUUGCAUGGCUAGGCAAGUUGGGAGAAUUACUGAUUAAUUGGGAAGAGAUGAGCAUGGUGUGUUACCUAGAGGGUAAAAGGAUUCGGAUAAGUGGUCACCAAGUUGUAUCCCGACAGCUGGUUGAGUCAAAAUUAAUAAAUGUUGAGGCAUGGGCAAUUGUGUGGAAACGGGACCAAGUGGGGAAGCAAGUGGAAGAUGAGUGGCAAGCUGAUUUGACGGGGGAGCAGGGAGCAGAGUUGCAAGUGGUGUUGUAGACCCACUACCUUGGGUUCCGGGAGAGAGAAAAUUUGCCUCCACUUUAUGAGAAAGUGGAAUUAUGGUCAGUGUUGCAGACCCACUACCUUGGGUUCCAGCAGAGAGAAAAUUUGGCACAAAGCAUCAUUACAGAAAAAAAGUUUUGGAGUUGGAAGAAGAGAAAAAAAUUGUUAACUAAUGGAUUCUCUUUAAAUGAAAACAAAAUGAUGAAGAAGAGCCAAGCGACCCAGUUUUUUUUGACAAGGUUGUUUGGAAGGGGGGUGAAAUGUUAGGAUAUAGGAUGAUAUAAUAGAUGGGUUUAGGAGUUAAGGGUGUGGAGGUGUCGGUUGUAAAGGGGGAAGCGGUCAGAGUGGAUAUAAAUAGAGUUCUUUUCCUGUGUAGGGGGAUAUCUGAGUAUUUUGUGAUAGAGUCAAACAUAUUGUUUGCAGAGAGGGGUUAUGCCCUCAUCUAGGGAGGUUAUGCUCCCAUUGUAAAAUAGUUUUCUUUCACGGUGAAUAAUACAGAAACUCAUUCUUUCCCCAAUAUUUCUAUCUAAUUAAUUGAGUUCUUGUUAGGUUCCAAACCCAGGAACCUAACACCCUUCCUAACAAAAUUUGGUCACAGAAAGGAAGAAUCAUCUCCUAGAAGUAGUUAGCGAUCUCCUUUUCCAUAUAUGGGAGAAGUUGUGUUAGUAGCCAUAUAUCUCAUCAAGUUACCAACUUGUGUCUUAAAUGUCAUGGUCCUAAUCAGUCUUUAUUGUCUUUUGUUCACUCUUCUCCUUCGUGUUUAGUCUACCUUGUGGAGUCUUUUGUUGUAUUGUUUUUGUUCACUCUUAUAAUCCUAAUGGUGAAAAAUUAGAUUCUAAAGCUCUUAAAUGUGUUUUUAUUGAUUAUCGUUCAAACAAAAAGGGGUACAAACGUUCUCACCGAGAGUUGUGUCUUAAUCUCAAUGGAUGUCACUUAACAAAACCCUCUUUUGUUUGUCCUUCUCUUGAAGAGGAGAAAACGCUUGAGGGAGAAGAGCUCUUCUUGUCAUUACCAUAUUUCUUUGUCUGAUGCCUAAGAUUUGAGUCAUGGAGUGCCACAAUUGGAAUAUAAUCAAAUGAUAGUAAAGAAGAUGAAAAAGAAGAGAAGGAAGACAAAUUUGUUGGAGAAAAUAUCGAAGAUGACAACCUACCGUGACUUCAGAGCAAGAAGAGUGCUGAUGAUUGCCACUACUACAGUCACCUUGCUGUAUGACAACCAACUCUGGCAGCUGCCAUGUCCUUUGAGUAUUUUUGCUUUCUGAUAAUGUGUCAUUUGGGCAUGUUUGUUCUCUGACAAUUGCUCUCCAACAAUCAAACUCUCUGCUUGCUGUCACACUGGUAGCUGUCGCUUUCUUUGUCCUUUAACCUGACCCUAUGGUUGGAGGUGUUCAUUUUUGGCAACCACUAUAUGCAUGAUUAACAACCA